AGAUCAGUGAUGGAGUUGAAUGUGUCACUGAUGGACUUUGAUGCUAACAAGGAGAACUGCACUUACCAGGCAGCGUGGGAUUGGAUCUCAUCUCUCCAGCCUUGGUGGCUUUCAGUAAUCAGCAUCUCAGGUCUGGUGGGAAAUGGUUUGGUCCUGUUGGUCUUCUGCCUGCAGAGGAACUCGUGCUCCGUGGCUGAUGUGUACCUGGGGAACCUGGCAUUGGCAAACCUAGUUAUGGUUAUGUGUCUUCCCUUCUGGGCCAUGACCAUUGCUCAGGAUUAUGAGUGGAGCUUUGGGCAGGUGCUCUGCAAGCUAAUCAACACAGCUAUCUCCAUGAAUUACUUCUGCAGCAUCUUCUUCCUGGUUCUGGUUAGUGUGGAUCGCUAUUUGGCGCUUGCCAGAAUGAUGAGUCGUAGCAGGCUGAGACGCUCGUCCUGGGCCAAGCGGAUCUGUUUGGUUAUCUGGAUUUCGGGAUUCCUGGUUAGCGUGCCAUCGUUACUUUUCCGUGGUGUACGCUACCUCCCAGACCUCGAUGUCCAUGCUUGCUACUUGGUGUACCCUCAUCCUGGCUGGAAGAUCCACAGAAAUCUGAGCAGCAACGUGCUUGGAUUUGCGAUACCAUUACCCAUCAUCAUGUUCUGCACUUAUCACACAGUUAAAGCUCUUAAAGAUAGCGAUCUGAGGUUCAUCCCUGGAGUUCGGACAGAAAAACGGGCCACUCGUCUUGUGCUAACGGUUCUGGCUGUGUUUCUGUUAUGCUGGACACCACACCAGGUCGUACGUCUGCUGGAUACUCUGGAUUAUUAUCAGAUCACGCCUGGAGGAUGUUUUUUUGGACACAUCUUAGACAUUAGCGAGCAGUGUUCCACCUACAUAGCAUACGCUGACAGCGCAAUUAACCCGUUCUUGUACGCGGUCGUCGGAAAACACUUCAGGAAACGAGCUAAAGGUGUGUUUAAACAGAUUAUCACUCCUGGGUGGAGGGACAACACUCCUAAUGGCACACUCACUAGCAGGUGCAGUGAAAGUCGUAAAGACUCGAUUGUAAUCAAUAAAAGAGUCAAAGUGUCUGUACACCACAUCUCAUCGACACAACUCACAGAUCUACAGAUGCUGUCCAAUACUUUAUGAACAUUGUUCUUGCUCCAAUGGGGACAUUACUUUAAGACUGACUAUUUCUCAUGACGUACAAACCAGAUCUCCGGCGUGUGGAACAUGUGAGUCACGUUUGUGUAUUUCAGAAUCAUAUCCAUAAAUCAGCCGUUUAUUUCUGAAACUAAAGCUCAUGACAAGACAGGAGUGAAAAGUGUUCAGCUUAGCGUUAGGAGAUCUCAAAUUCAAAGUCCCAUGAUGCUUUAGUCAUCCGUGGAGUC